AUGAGCAACGGCAACGGCGACGGUGCCACCUUUGCCGCGGUGGCCGGCCCCAGGAACGUGCUGGGCCAGAGCCUGGCCACCUGCUCCACAGACCCCAUGACCGGCUUCCUGCGGAGUGGGAGGUGCGAGACGGGCCCGUCCGACCAUGGCACGCAUACCGUGUGCGCCCAGGUGACCCAGGCCUUCCUGCAGUACACCCUGCAGCAGGGCAAUGACCUCAUCACGCCCCGCCCAGAGUACAGGUUCCCCGGCCUCAAGGAGGGCGACGGCUGGUGCCUGUGCGCCUCGCGGUGGGCCGAGGCGGUGCAGGCCGGCGUGGCACCACCCGUUGUGCUGGAGGCCACACAUGAGAAGACGCUGCAGCAUGUGGGGCUGGACACGCUGCAGCGCUAUGCAGCCUGA